AUGUCGCCAGACGACUCCCCCUGCGCGAAAUGCCCCCCGCCCCCAAGCAUCACCAUCACAGAACUCCCUCCCCUCCCUCCAGAAAUCAUCUCUAUGAUCUUCCCCAGGUGGGCAGACGAGCCAUUGCUCUUUGUCUCGCCAGGCUCCCAGACAGGAGGUCAUUCUGUGGUACCUCUCAGUCUCGACCCAUUCAUUCGCAAGAUACUCCUUCUACGACAGUGUCGCAAGAUCCGUAUCAACAGCCGCGGCGCUCUCGACUUGCUACGUCACGUCGGCGGCCACGUCCAGAAGAGGAUCAGCAUGCUGCCAAAGGUGGUCGGGGUAUGGAAGAAGGAGCGUUUCUCUGUCAUGGACUGGCUGAAAGAGCCAUUGCUCUCUUCUGUUUCCCAUGUGGCGCUCGGGCGGAUUUCCAAGUCGCUCACAUAUCCUGCGCCAGUGGACUCGCCUCUGUUUGGACCAGCGCUCAAGCAUAUAUGCGUGAGCCCUUCCAGAGGAUUCUACGAGAAUUACCCUAACGCGUUCUGGGUACCUUCGCGUCGCCAGAUCGUAACGAGCUUCAUUCAACAAGCGCCCUCUUUCGCUGCUGGUCCCACCAAGGACAACCUGACCUCCUUCACUCUCCAUCAUAACGCCAAGCCUGGGAGUACCGGCGUGUCACUAGCUGAUACCAUGAUAUACGACUUUCCCAAGAGGAGAGCGUCGCGCAAGUAG